AUGUAAAUCUGAUUUUUAUCAAAGAAUUAAACUUUUACAAAAGUCCAUGCACCUUGAAAGUCUGCUGAAAUUAACACUUUAAACAAGCCCCCAUGAAAUUAACAAUGAAAUUUCAAAGAGUUGCCUGAAACUCUCCAUAUUUGAGAGAAUUUUAGAAAACAAAAAACCUGAACCGAUGGGCAAAUGUGUCCUCUUUGCCAUGUUGACGAAUGACUUGAUUACAAUUUUGUGUUUUCAAAGUCUGCCCUUGGUCCCUAGGACAUCUGUCAUGUCCUAAAUCAUCAAUGAAGGCAGUCCGUUUUCUUUGGUCCGAAGCAAUAAAACAGAGAUAUCAUUUUCAGAGGAAACCAGAAGAAGCAAGCAACGACCUUCUCCAAUACACAAUUUAGCUCAUUGUCUUUUUAACUUUGCAACGAAUUUUCUCCUUCUAAACCAGAUUCAAAUUCUUGAAGGAGAGAGUUUCACAAGGCUAAAUUCUGUGGAAAGGUGGAGUCAGAAACACGUUAAGCUUUCUUCACAGUUGAGGUUUCCAGGAGUGUUCAGCUUUGAACGCUUUAAAAAUCCACGCAUCCUGCAUCAAAGAUUCAUCAGUUUGAAUAUAGGUUGGUCACCCACGUAGCUACCCUAUAAAGUUCUCCGUUGAAACCAAACAAUAUAUAAUUCCAUUGAACACUUCAAAGAUAUAAACCUGUAGUUGACUAUUGAUCCUGUUAAAAACUAGGAAAGUUGGUCACCUGCAACUGCCAUCAUCGCAUAGUCUCCCUACAAAAACCUCACCAUUUUGCCGUUACUGCUUUGAUACCAACCACAUUUCAGAGUUGCAGGAAAUCAGCUCAAUUUGCAGGAAUUCUCUGCGAUUACCAUACCGAGAGAACUAAUGGCAAACAGGAAGAUGGCAACAUGUUUUGUCCUGGUUCUAGUAGCUAUGCUUUGCGCAGGAGCUACAGCUCAGUCAGGCUGCACUGGUAUAUUGAUCAGCCUGUCACCCUGCCUAAAUUACAUUACCGGGAACUCAUCAACCCCAUCUCAACAAUGCUGCACACAGCUUGCUAAUGUCGUGCGUUCAUCACCACAAUGCUUGUGUGAAGUCCUUAAUGGUGGUGCUUCAUCACUUGGGAUCACCAUCAACCAGACUCAAGCUUUGGCCUUGCCUGGCUCAUGCAAUGUUCAGACUCCACCCAUUAGCAGCUGUAAUGCUGCUUCUCCAGCUCCAGCAGACUCUCCGGUAGGAUCACCAGAAUCUGGGAGCAUUAUUCCUACAGAAGGUGGAUCUAAAACUGUACCAUCCACACAGGAAAAAGGCUCAUCAGAUGGAAGCACCACCAAAUUGUCACUCUCUCUGCUCACCUUCCUUCUGUUGGCGACAUCAUAUAGUUCACUCUUCUCAUCACGCUGAAUCUUACCUAGUUUGCCUUACCUCUCAUGACACUAUCCUGUUAGCAAACAUUUUAUGGUAUUCUUGAUUAUAUAUAUGUAUAUAUAUAUAUGUAAUAUUUAGAUUUUCAUCCACUCCACUCCUCCAGGGGCCGAUAUGGUUUUGUAUUGCUGAAGAGAGUUCUGGCUUCUCUUCCCUUCUCAAUAAAGAUUUCUCAUGAUUACUUAUUGAACAUAUAUAUCUAACGAGGGAUUUAUAAACGUAUGGCACUUCAAAAUGACAAAAAGUCAAAUAAGAAUCAAAGCAAGAAGACAAUACCAACAUAGAGAAGUGAAUUAGAGUUAAAGCUCAAAUCAUUCAGAAGUCUAUACACUCAAGAAAAGAAUAUUACAAUUCUGGCAUGUGUUGGGGUCAAACAACAGUGACAAAGAAGCAGAAUUGAUAAAUCAAUAAUGUAAUUCAUAAUGCUGUUUUACCAUUUACUCACGCAAAAGCCUAAGGAAAUGCAUCUUGAAGCAGCCCUGCGCUGCUUAUGUUAGUAUUCCAAACAGAGGAUUCCUUGCAGCAGAAUUUCAAAAGGUCACAGCCAUUAUAAACCUUUUGUGUGCAUUGGCACUCAAUAAAAUAAAACCAUUGGCCAAGAGUAACCAUCUUUAGUGAUGUUUAUUAAAACAACCUAGGUCUUGGAUCUCAUCAUAGCGAUCCCAACUUCAUUUCAUUCCAGUUCCAGAGAGCAAAUUCAUUAAAUUAAGCUAUAAAAGGCUUUCACAAGCUGUUAGGAAGUAAU